GUGAGGCGGGAGGAGCGGGCAGGCGUGUGCCGAGCGGGGGCCGCGGCCGAGCUGCGGAGAUGUGACUCGGGCCGAGGGCCAGCGGGAGCAUCGGCGCUGCGGGGCCGCGGGGACGAAUGUUCAUGGUGUCAGAGAGAAAGAUGAGAACCCGCCAGGUGUUCGCCUUCCUCCUGCUCUACGUGAUUGCCUCCGUGGCCUCUGAAAACUCCAGCACGUCCCGGGGCUGUGGGCUGGACCUGCUCCCUCAGUACGUGUCCCUGUGCGACCUGGACGCCAUCUGGGGCAUCGUGGUGGAGGCCGUGGCUGGGGCGGGCGCCCUGAUCACGCUGCUCCUGAUGCUCAUCCUCCUGGUGCGGCUGCCGUUCAUCAAGGACAAGGAGAAGAAGAGGCCUGUGUGCCUCCACUUCCUCUUCCUCCUGGGGACCCUGGGCAUCUUCGGGCUAACAUUUGCCUUCAUCAUCCAGAAGGAUGAGACUAUCUGCUCAGUGCGCCGUUUCCUCUGGGGUGUCCUCUUCGCUCUCUGCUUCUCCUGCCUGCUGAGCCAGGCAUGGCGCGUGCGCAGGCUGGUGCGUCAUGGCACGAGCCCGGCAGGCUGGCAGCUGGUGGGCCUGGCUCUGUGCCUGAUGCUGGUGCAGGUCAUCAUCAACAUCGAGUGGCUGGUGCUGACACUGCUGCGUGACGCGAGGCCGUCCUGCGCCUACGAGCCCAUGGACUUUGUAAUGGCACUCAUCUAUGACAUGGUACUGCUGCUGAUGACCCUGGGGCUGGCCCUCUUCACACUGUGCGGCAAGUUCAAGAGAUGGAAGCUGAACGGGGCAUUCAUCCUGAUCACGUCCUUCCUCUCUGUGCUCAUCUGGGUGGCCUGGAUGACCAUGUACCUCUUCGGCAACACCAAGCUGAAGAUGAAAAACUGGAAUGACCCCACCUUGGCCAUUGCACUGGUUGCCAGCGGCUGGAUCUUCGUCAUCUUCCACGCCAUCCCUGAAAUCCACUGCAUGCUUCUCCCAGCCCUGCAGGAAAACACGCCCAACUAUUUCGACACGUCACAGCCGAGGAUGCGGGAGACAGCAUUUGAGGAAGACAUGCACCUGCCACGGACCUACAUGGAGAACAAAGCCUUCUCGAUGGAUGAACACAACGCGGCUCUCCGAACAGCAGGAUAUCCCAACGGCAGCUUGGGAAAGAGACCCAGCGGCAGCUUGGGAAAAAGAUCCAGCGACAGCCUGGGCAAAAGGUCCAGCGGCAGCUUGGGAAAGAGGCCCAGUGCUCCGUUCAGAAGCAACGUGUAUCAGCCAACUGAGAUGGCCGUUGUGCUCAAUGGCGGGACUAUCCCAACUGCUCCGCCAAGUCACACUGGAAGACACCACUGGUGAAAGACUUUUAAUUUCCAGAGAAUAAGAAUUUCUUACCGAUUUUAUUCCCUGGCUAUGUCUUUCUUGAGGGAGAAAUCGGUAAUAGUAGCUGAACAAGGCCGCCUCACAGCCAGGAGAUUUGGAAAUCCUAGCCAAGGGGAUUUCAUGUAAAUGUGAACACUGAUGAACUGAAAAGCUAACCCUGACUGCCCUCCCCUCCCCUGCCACACACACGCAAACACGUAAUACAAAACCAACCUCGAUUCCCGCAAACUAAAGCAAAGCUAAUUGCAAAUAGUAUUAGGCUCAUUGGAAAAUGUGGCUGGGAAGACUGUUUCAUCUUCUGGGGGUAGAAUGGAACCAAAUUCACAGCUGCUGGGCCAGGCUGUUGUUGGUUGGAUACAGAGGACCCCCACCAUGUUGCCCCUCCCCAGGAAGUGCUGGACCCCAGGUUGCCUCUUGGAGAUGACCAUUUCGUUGAGGAGGACAAAUGGGGACUUCCCACCAGCUUGGCUGGUCACUUUCAUAUUUCACAGGGGUCAGGAGAGCUGAGGAGGUUGCAGGUAUGAUUCUAAGGCAGGGCCACCCGAAUAGUGGGGUCACCUUUAUAGCCAAUAGUGAUAGAGGGAUCCUGGCAUGUGCCAGAGAAGAGGAGAUUCUCUGGGCGUUGAAGUGACAUCACAUUUAGAAAGUGGUGACCAACCACUUUUCCUCCUGUGGGCCUCUUGUUGCAGCACCUGUGGCGAGAAAGCAAGCCCGCCCCCUCCCUUGUAGAGCCAUAGAAAUAUUCCGGCUUGCCACGGUAGUCCCUUCGUCCUUUGGUCACCUCACCCACCCCCUCAUCCACGAGUGCUCCUCCAAGCCCUUUCCCAAUUUAUUCCCUUGUUCAUUUCAAAAGCUCCAGUGGGGCCACCAGCUUAAAGCCCCUCUAGGACGCAGGUUGGAAGGCAGGCACCGCAGCAUUUCACAAUGAUGUCACAUGGCAGGGCUUCCAAGGGUGCCUUCUAGGAUGGAGAGAUGACAUCCUGCUGCCUAGCAAGCAGUGGCUACUUGGGCCUUUUCCUUAGAUAUGGUGAAUGUUCCAGGGUGGAAUGGAUCACGUGAGGGUUUCUUGCUGCUUUGGGAGGGGGUGUGGGACAUUUUUAUCUUGGUUUUCUGCAACUUCCAUGAAAAUGGCUCUCUUCAAAGCCCAUUGUUUUCUGUCUUGGUUUCCAUCUGUCCUAAGCAAAUCAUUCCUUUGUUACUUGGCAUUUUGAACAUCUUGAACAUUAAAAGCCCCAUGUUCUCUGCACUGUUUGGCCAGCAUAAUUGCUAGGAAUGAUUCAAAGCAAAGAGUUUUAACCUGAUGGCAUAGAAUGUAUAAAUGAGGGUGGGUCCUUUUGCAAAUACGCUAAUCACUACAUUGCUUUAGUUUCUAGAAAACUACCCGUAAGCCUUUAACCUUUAAGAAAACAAAAAAGGUUAGUGUUGGGGGGUGGGGGCUGGCCUCUUCAUAAGCCAGUAUAUCUGAGCUGAGUAUGUUUUAAUAAACUUGAUUUUUCUUGAG